AGUGAAGUAAUAGGAAAAGGCUGAGAGAGAGAGAGAGAGAGAGAGAGAGAGAGAGAGAGCUCAUUAGAGACAGGCAAAGGGGUUGAUAGGCAUCAGUGGCCAUGGUUUUGACUUAGCAUAGAUUGCCUUAGUAUUAGAUUAGAAUUGGAUGAUUUGUCCAAAGGUCCCAGGAUUGGAUGGUUUUUUUUUUUUUAAAUGUACAGAAAUCCUUGUAGUUCUCUGUGUGGUCUCGCUUUGAAAUCCAGCACAGCUUUCAUGCUCUGACAACCAUGGAAUUUGAUUUUAGGAUGAUACUCUGGUCAAGAGUCUUUUCUCUGCUCUGAAUGUAACCAAUUCAGCUCCUUCAAUAAGCCAUGGACUGGAGUGUAUAGUCAUUUGAACUGAUAGAGCUCUUCAGUUAAGACCUCUGUAGCUUGAGAUGUCAUCCACAUAACAAUGAAGUGAGACAGCAGGCAGUAGGCAGGAGGGUGUCAAAAUAAGAGUCCACCCUUCCCCCCUACCUUUGACUACCCUCUUGCACAUACUCUGAGGAUGUUCUCCAGGAACUGCUUCAAUGGACAGGAUGGUGUUGGUGCCCCACAGUAUGGGCGCCAUAAACACAAGUCAACUGCGCCUAAAAAGAGGGCUCCCAAUCCCAGAGUUGCUCUCAUGCUCCGAGGCAAAAUUCAUCGCCUUCUUCAGGGGUCUGGAGAGCAAGCCUCUCAUAACCCAUGCCCAUAUUAUGCUGGGAUCCUGGAGGAGGAUGAAGAGGAGGAACAGGAAGGUCCAGAGCCAGACUUGAGGAGAUGUGGGUCUCAGAGAGAGAGAUAUAGCACACCUGAAGUUGCUAAUGGACAGGUUGCCAAAGAACACUCUACUCAAACGAGUAUGGAUUAUGUAGGUGAGGUGGAGUUAAAUAGAGAAGGGUGUGUUCGCAUCCCCUGUACCCUCCAGCAUGGCAGCAUUGCACAGCCACUGAGAUCACCGAUGCCAGCUAUGGCCAAUUUCAAUGGGUCAAGAUAUUUGGAAGAGAUGGGCUCAAAUACUGGAGCAUCUUUCAGCUUCAGUGCAGUCAGGGAGGACAGGAUUGUGGAGGAGGACGAGGAGGAAGAGGAAGAAGAGUCCAGUGCUCUUGUUGAGCACAUCCUGAAGGAACUUAGAGGGAUCAAUAAGAUCCAGGCGGAGAUCUCAGACUUGAGGGAAUACCUCACUUCUGUGCGUGGAUCAGUAGAUGAGGUAUCCAGCUGCGUUGAAGCAGUGCUUAUGGAAAUAGAAGGCAUGCGCUCAGGGACAAAACCUGCCAUAGACUCUUGGCCAGGGGCAGUGGGGCUCAAGGAGGGGGGCUCUGAUCUCUACCAUGAAAAGUGUAGCAGCUCUUACGACCCAAGAAUGGAUCAGUCUCACAAAGCAGAGUCCUUAUGUGCAGCAAGUAAUUUCCAGUCACAAGAAUUCAGUGUCCAUGAUAGUCAGUACAAAAUGGCCCUGAAUCAGCUGUCAGAUGUUAGGAGAUUUGGCUCAGUGUACCAGGAUAUGUGCAGCUCAUCCAAUAUAGAUUCUCCAAACCCAGAUGUCCACGUGCCACCUGAGCUCGACGCGUUUGACCAAACCUCAGACAUCCUCCCUGGCACCAGGGUAAGGAAGUUGAGCUUUGGAUACAUGGAACGCCAGGACGGACAAGACUGUCCCAGCCCCAGCUCUCUGUCCUCAGGCCAGAGCUCCAAGUCCGAGUACGAGCCUGACCGGCUUGAGCCGAGGUGUCCAGGCGCUGCACCCGAGAACCAGGGUUGGAACCAGAUGGGCUUCCCUCGCAGCACGAGCGGGGAAACAGGCUGGAGUGAGGAAGACGGGUACUUCAGGCAGGGCAGUUUUGAAGAUGGCGAUGGCUGCAUAGAGCGAGGGGAAACUUGGGAGAGAUGCAGAGACGAGGAAGCAAGCAGCACACUGGGGCGCUCAUCUGCCGGCAGCUCCGAUCGUCUGUCCUUCAGUUCCAGUCGCCAUUACAACUCUCCUGCAAGCACGAGUAGCCGAGAGGAGUGGCUGUCCAACAGAAGGACACAGAAACAGAGGGCACAGAAACAUGAGGCAGAAUCCACGGGUAGGUCUACUGAGGACCUCAUUUUGGAAUGCAGUGGAUCCGCCCAUUACAUUACAGAAAUGUAUGAAAGUGAGAUAGGAGAGCUUGCCCAUUCUGGUAACAUAAGUCAUGGAAUUGCAGGCACUCAGAUAAGUCAGGGCAGACACACCACCCAGUCUUCUGACCAGUCUUCAUAUCACCAGACCACAGAGGCUUUGUUGGUCAACCAUUCACACAGUGGAGAUGCUGUCCAAAAGGCUUCAACCAUAGAGGGGAUAGAGAAGAGCAGAGCCACUUCAGAUCCCAGUGUUUCCAGCGUUGCACCAUCAGAUCCUUCCUAUGGCAACACAGGUUUCAAUGUGAAGAGGAUUGGCAGAGCAGUGCUGGAUUUCAAAUCAGUUUUGUGGGUGGCCCUCAAGAAACUAGAGGGAGCUCAGUCACCUGGGGACAAGACUGAGGAUCCCCUGUCCUCUUCUCCAAGCAGUGAGACACUAAUAGAGACCCCAUGUGUUGCUACACCUGAUGAGGGGAGUGAUGUCCCUGAGGGAAUCAGCAGUCCUCCCAUACCAACACACCUGACUUGCACUGCUGAGUCAGACCCAGUGGCUCAACCGGCACGUGAGGUCCCCCAGGAGCAGAGCUCUGAUCCUGCUGAGGACCCACAGUGUGCUGGGGUAGAACCGCCAUGCAGUGGAGCUCAUGCUGCCGCAAGCCCCCCGGAUGGCUCCUCAUCACAGGGCUGCUUAACUGACUUAGUUCCCUGUUCACUGCCCUCUGCAGAAGACCAUGCACAGCGUGAGGAAGAGAAAGUUUUGCAGUCUCCCGAGGAGAUCCCAGUAGAUGCUGAUGUGAAAAUCCCCGGGGCUGUUAGUGCAGACAUCUCUGAACAUUUUGAGGAAGACACUAGUGCAGUAGUUAGUGAAGAAGCACAGAACACAGAAGCAAGUGCAGACACCAAUACCGACACCAGUGCAGAUGUGCAUACGGAGAACACAGAUGGAGAUACUAGCAUAGAUAGCGGCUUAGCGGGCCCGGUGGAGGAGACAGAUUGCCCUCAGGAGCUAAGCCAGAGGGACGUGCGACGGCUGAAGUGCAUGAGAAGUUUUCAGCAGAUCCUCAGGGAGAAGAGAGAAAUCCGUCGAAACCUUACACUCAUGACAAUGUCCACCUUCUCUGAGGAGGAUUUUAUUCAAGAAUCCAGCCGAGAGGAAGAUCAGAGCCUAGAUGGAGACCCCAGCAAACAGGCGUGGGUCAAGCCUGGUGGAGGUGGUAUCGACACCAUGCCUGAUCUUCGCAAAAGGAAGCACAUUCCCCUCGUCAGUGAAGUGUCCCUGGUCCAGCAGUCCAGGAAGGCCGGCAUCUCUCGUGCUCUCGCCGCCCGCUCCUCCGUGAAGGACGAAGAACUGAAGACCCACGUGUAUAAGAAAACGCUGCAGGCUCUGAUCUACCCCAUCUCCUGCACGACGCCGCACAACUUCGAGGUGUGGACGGCCACCACGCCCACCUACUGCUACGAGUGUGAAGGCCUGCUGUGGGGCAUCGCCCGUCAGGGCCUGCGCUGUGCCGAGUGCGGGGUCAAGUGCCACGAGAAGUGCCAGGAGCUGCUCAACGCCGACUGCCUGCAGCGUGCGGCUGAGAAGAGCUCCAAGACUGGCGCCGAGGACCGCACGCAGCACAUCAUCACUGCCAUGAAGGACCGCAUGAAGAUACGCGAGCGCAACAAACCUGAGAUCUUCGAGGCCAUCCGGGCCAUGUUUGGGGUCACCAAGAUGCUCCAUGCCCAGCAUAUGAAGACCAUCAAGCAGACAGUCCUGGACGGAACCUCCAAGUGGUCAUCCAAGAUCACCAUCACAGUGGUGAGCGCCCAGGGACUUCAGGCGAAGGACAGGACGGGCUCGAGCGACCCGUACGUCACCGUGCAGGUGGGCAAGACCAAGAAGAGGACCAAGACCAUCUACGGGAACCUGAACCCUGUGUGGGAGGAAAAGUUCCACUUUGAGUGUCACAACUCCUCCGACCGGAUUAAGGUACGCGUGUGGGAUGAGGAUGAUGACAUCAAGUCUCGUGUGAAGCAGCGGCUGAAGAGGGAGUCGGACGACUUCCUGGGUCAGAGUAUCAUCGAGGUCCGCACACUCAGUGGCGAGAUGGACGUGUGGUACAACCUCGAGAAGAGAACAGAUAAGUCUGCCGUGUCUGGAGCCAUUCGGCUGCAGAUCAGUGUGGAGAUCAAGGGGGAGGAGAUGGUGGCUUCUUACCAUAUGCAGUACACCUGCUUGCAUGAGAAUAUAUUCCAUUUCCUGACUGAGAUUGAGAACCAGGGUGUGCCGAAGAUCCCACUGGCCAAGGGAGAUGACGCGUGGAAAGUUUACUUUGAUGAAAUCGAACAGGACAUUGUGGAUGAGUUCGCCAUUCGCUACGGAAUUGAGUCCAUCUACCAGGCCAUGACCCACUUCGCCUGUCUCUCCUCCAAGUACAUGUUGCCAGGGCUGCCAGCGGUCAUGAGCACGCUGCUGGCCAACAUCAACGCCUUCUUCGCCCACCCCACUUCCGCCUCCACCGUGUCAGCAUCCGACCGCUUCGCUGCAUCCAAUUUUGGGAAGGACCGCUUUGUAAAGCUUCUGGAUCAGCUGCACAACUCACUGCGCAUUGACCUGUCCACGUACCGGAACAACUUCCCAGCCAGCAGCAAGCCCCGUCUGUCGGACCUCAAGUCCACUGUGGACCUGCUGACCAGCAUCACCUUCUUCCGAAUGAAGGUCUUGGAGCUGCAGAACCCCCCUCGUGCGGCCCAUGUGGUGCGUGACUGUGUGAAAGCUUGCCUCAACUCCACCUAUGAGUACAUCUUCAACAACUGCCAAGAGCUGUACAACCGUCAGUUCCAGCCUGCCGAACCGGUGAAACCCAAGGAGGAGAAGAAGGAGGAGAAGAAUGAAGAUGACUCUGAUGAGGAUGAGGAGGAGAAGAAGAAGAAGGAGGAGGAAGAGGAGGAGAGCGCCCCACAGGAGGAGCCCGGCCCCAGCAUCCAGAACCUGGACUUCUGGCCCAAACUCAUCACGCUCAUCGUGUCCAUCAUCGAGGAGGACAAGACCGCAUACACGCCCGUCAUCAACCAGUUCCCUCAAGAGCUGAAUGUAGGCAAGGUCAGCGCAGAGGUCAUGUGGAUGCUGUUUGCCCAGGACAUGAAAUAUGCCUUAGAAGUUUUUGAUAGACUUGAUCAUUAUCGCUGGAAAAAUGCUCCUGUUACAUUCCACAUACGCAAACUAGACUUUUAUGCUGAGCAUGAGAAUCACAAACUCUGCAAAAGUGCGGACUACAUGAAUCUGCACUUCAAAGUCAAGUGGCUCUACAAUGAGUACGUCAAGGACCUGCCUGCCUUCAAAGACUCGGUCCCAGAGUACGCCGCGUGGUUUCUGCAGUUUGUGCUGCAGUGGCUGGCGGAGAACGAGGACGUGUCCAUGGAGUUCAUGCAUGGCGCACUGGAGAGAGAUAAGAGGGAGGGGUUCCAGGCGACCUCUGAGCACGCUCUGUUCUCCAGUUCCGUGGUGGACAUCUUCACACAGCUCAACCAGAGCUUCGAGAUCAUCAAGAAACUGGACUGCCCAGAUCCUGUGGUCAUGGGCCACUACAACCGACGCUUUGCUAAGACGAUCACUAAAGUGCUCCUGCAGUACUGCGCCAUCUUGUCCAAGAGCUUCCCCUCUUACUGUGAGAAGGAGAAGAUUCCUUGUGUCCUCAUGAACAACGUCCAACAGAUGCGCGUCCUCCUGGAGAAGAUGUUCGAGUUCAUGGGCGCCAAGCAGAUGAAAGAGCCGGCUGCAGCAGCAUCAGCGGUCACUAAGAAGAUGGAUCCUGAGGCAGCAGAAAUCCUGAAUGACCUGCAGGUGAAAUUGAACACAGUGCUGGACAAUUUGAGCGCCAUGUUUGGAAAGAGCUUCCAGGCCAAGAUAAGUGGCUGCAUGCGGCAGGUGGGAGAGCUCCUGUACCAGAUCAAAGGGCCUCUUAAUGCCAACGCACGCAACAGCGCCGAGGCUGAUGCCGACAACGUGCUGCGCCCACUCAUGGAGUUCCUGGACGCCACCCUGAGUAUGUUUGCGGACAUGUGUGAGAAGACGGUCCUAAAGAGAGUGCUGAAGGACCUCUGGAAGAUUGUGCUCACCAGCAUGGAGAGGACCAUUGUCCUGCCGCGGAGCAAUGAAAGCCUGGGUGCACAGCUCCUUACUGCUGCCACAAAGCUGGGGAACCUCAAGGGAGGGGGAGAGGCUAAAAGCCUGUCUCCACGGCACUGUGCAAUUAUGGAGAUGGCCCUGGACACCAUAAAGGCCUUCUUCCAUGCAGGAGGAAACGGACUAAAGAAAGCCUACCUGGAGAAGAGCUCGGAGCUCUCUUCGCUCCGCUACGCCCUGUCACUCUACACACAGACCACCGACGCCCUCAUCAAGACAUUUGUAUCGACUCAACAUGCCCAGGUCCAUAAUGGUAUGGGUAUCAGGAUCGUUCCCAACGAGAAGGUCCGACCUGACAGACCCUCUGGGGUGGAGCGGCCGGUGGGAGAGGCCAUCAUCCAAGUGGAUAUGUCGCCCCCUGCUGGCGGAGAGCAGAAAAUGAACGUGAGGGUCAUAGCCAUAAAUGACAUGAAGUGGCAGACGUCUGGAAUGUUCCGGCCCUUUGUGGAGGUCAACCUGGUGGGCCCUCUGCUCGCUGAAAAGAAGCGCAAGUUUCAGACCAAGUCCAAGAACAACAGCUGGUCUGCCAAAUACAAUGAGACUUUCCCAUUCGUUCUGGGUAAGGGCACCAGUGCGGAGUUCUACGAGGUGCAGAUCACGGUGAAGGACUACUGCUUCGGCCGUGCUGACCGCAUGGUGGGCGUGGCCGUGCUGCAGCUGAGGGACGUGGCUGACCGCCGCAGCUGCGUGUGCUGGUGCCCGAUGGGCCCACGCAUCAGCACGGACGAGACGGGCAUCACCGCCCUGCGCAUCCUCUCCCAGCGGCCCAACGACGAGGUCGCCAAGGAGUUCGUCAAGCUCAAGUCCGAGAUACGUCCGGCAGAGGAGGGCAGAUGAGCUGCCCGUUUAGCUGGAUGAGAACGAGGAGCCACGUGAUUGGCCGGACUCGGACUGCCUGACUGAAUAAUUGAUUUUUGAUCGAUUGGGUGAAUUGUUUGGUUGAUUAGACAACUGAUUGGUUAUUGGUUUGAGAGUGCCAUUCACCCAGUCACUGCAUACAUCUCUCUCUGUCUCACUGCAUGAUACUGCUACCCACCAGCAGUGCUACUGAGACCAGUCACUGGUAUUCAGAUUUGCAGUCGAGGCCUAAGAACUUCUUAUCUAUCGACUUUAAAAAAAAACACAUGGGACAGAUGAAUUGACCUCCUAUCCCGUAGUGGACGGAGGAAUGUCUGUCCUGUCUGGUGGUGUCUACACAAGCACCUUUCUCCAUUUGCUCUGCAG